UCCCUUCUUCCCUCCCUCUGUCAAUCACCGGGUCCCGCUGCCCCAGGCGCCAGCGCCCCAGCUGCUUGCUGCCACAACCCCAGGACGCAUUCCUGGUGCCUCCUAGCAAGUUUUCCCCGCCAAGCCGAGAUCAGAAGGGUUGACAGCAGAAAGUCACCGUCCCCGGGCCAGAGGAUGGUGGCCGGGCUGCCCCUGGCCCGCAGUCCCGGGAGCUGGCUGGUCCUCGGGCUGUGGCUGAUGAUGCUGUACGGUUUUGGGGGCCUGCUGAGUGCCGAGGAGCAACCCUCCUGCAAAGGAGCUUUCGAUCUCUACUACGUCCUGGACAAGUCUGGCAGUGUGGCCAAUAACUGGAUCGAAAUUUACAAUUUUGUCCAGCAGCUGACGGAGAGAUUUGUGAGCCCUCAAAUGAGAUUAUCAUUUAUUGUGUUUUCUUCUCAAGCAACCAUUAUUUUGCCAUUAACUGGAGACAGAUACGAGAUCAGUAAAGGCUUGGAGGAUUUAAAAAUUGUUAUACCAGCAGGAGAGACAUAUAUCCACGAAGGACUAAAGCUAGCAAAUGAACAAAUUAAGAAAGCAGGAGACUCAAAAAAAUCCAGUAUCAUUAUUGCCCUGACAGAUGGUAAAUUAGAAGGUCUUGUGCCACAAUAUGCAGAGAAAGAGGCAAAAUUAUCUAGGUCACUUGGAGCUAGAGUGUAUUGUGUUGGUGUUCUUGAUUUUGAACAAGAUCAGCUGGAAAAAAUUGCUGAUUCCAAGGAACAAGUAUUCCCCGUCAAAGGGGGAUUUCAAGCUCUUAAAGGAAUAAUCAAUUCUAUAUUAGAUCGCUCAUGCCCUGAAACCCUGGAAUUGUGGCCCUCAAGUGUUUGUGUGGGAGAGGAAUUUCAAGUCGUUUUAAAUGGAAGAGGAUUCUUCUUGGGGAGUCAGAAUGGCAGUGUUCUCUGUACUUAUACUAUAAAUGAAACAUACACAAAGAGUGUUCAUCCAGAAAGUGUGGAUCUUAAUUCUAUGCUCUGUCCUGCACCUGCCUUAAACAAAGUUGGACAAACUCUUGAUGUUUCUGUAAGCUUUAUUAGAGGAAAAUCUCAUAUCUCUAACUCACUAACAGUGACUGCCACAGAAUGUUCUAACGGGAUUGGAGCCAUCAUUGUUAUUCUUCUGCUACUGCUACUUUUGGGUCUUGGUUUGAUGUGGUGGUUUUGGCCUCUUUGCUGCAAAGUGGUUAUUAAGGAUCCUCCGCCACCGCCACCACCUGCACCAAAAGAGGAGGAAGAAGAACAUCUGCCCAACAAGAAAUGGCCAACUGUAGAUGCUUCCUAUUAUGGUGGACGAGGGGUUGGAGGAAUUAAAAGAAUGGAGGUUCGUUGGGGUGAUAAAGGAUCAACUGAGGAGGGUGCAAGGUUGGAGAAAGCCAAAAAUGCUGUUGUGACAAUUCCUGAAGAAGCAGAGGAACCAAUCAGGCCCAGACCCCCACGACCCAGACCCAUGCACCAGCCUCCUCAGACAAAGUGGUAUACACCAAUUAAGGGACGUCUUGAUGCACUUUGGGCUUUAUUGAGGCAACAGUACGAUCGUGUUUCCUUGAUGAGACCUCAGAAAGGAGAUGAGGGCCGAUGCAUAUCCUUUUCUCGAGUUUCAUCUCAGUAAGAAGAAAGGAAAGCAGGAAGACUAAGAAGGUAUGAAGAUGACAUAUCUUCCUUCACACUGCUGAUUUCCAGCCAAAUGAACAAAAAAGUGCACUUCGGAAGAUUGGAGAAAAGCAGCUUUCUUCCUUCCAGUCAAAACAUGUUUUCUUUGCUUUAUGCCUUUCUUGCACCGAGCACUUUUAAACACUUGUUUUACGAUCUCUGUAGUUAAUGAAACCUGAAAUAAUAUCAUUGAGGAUAUUCAAAAGGAAGGGUAAUAUUAAUCUACAUGUAAUGGUUUACCUGAGAAAGUUCAUUUGAAAGUAAAUAAAAGAGUAAAAAUAACAGUGCAAAGGCGAGAUUAAAA